GAGACCAGCUGUCCCCUAUCAUGUGCCACUGUGAGAUGGGUAAUGAGGCACAGGUGGGUUGAACCAACUCCCUCUUAAGGCAUGUCUACAUUGCCCCUUCCCCCCAAAAAAACCAUGGCAGCAAGUCUCAGAGCCCCCAGCAACUGACAUGGGCUCAUGCUACAGGGCUAAAAAGAGCUGUGUAGAAGUGCCCACUCAGGCUGGAGACCCCACUUUUGGGUUUCAGAGCUUGGGCAUCAGCGCAACUGGGAAUGUCUACACAACUAGCUAUUUUUAGCUCCCAGCUGGCGUCCGCUGACCCAGGUUCUGAGACUUGCUGCCAUGGCUUUUUGUAUGCAGUGUAGAUGUACCCUCAGUGUCCACCCUGUGACUCUGAGUUAAGAGCCACACCAGGUUAGACCUCCCACACUUAGGGAAUGGCUUCUUCCCUCAUUGCCAUAAAACCCCUCUUGUGCUGGUGAAGUGGCUGCUCUUGCUACCUUGGGAGCAGCAGCGCAGAAUUUGCUGUGAAGUCCACUGACAGUCUUUGUGGAUUUGUUCUCUGCAGUAAGUAAGCAUUCAGCAGGUAUGGUCACGCUAAGGCUGCCUGCUAUAGCUGCAGUUGGGUUUAAGCACAGACUGUAGUCUGGUGUGUCUUAUCACCAGCUUACAGGACCUUUCCUGUGUGAGCUGAGCUCACUUAGCCACACCUCUGGCUACUCUGGGUGAUGGGAGCAUAUUUGCAUUAUGAAAUUAUCAGCAAAAGCACCCUUGUACCCUGUCAGCAAUUCCUCAUGUUUACACAGUUGCAGGUAACCUGGUUCCAAUCCCUGUGUAGACAUGACCUUUGAGUCCAAGACUCAUUCUAGGCAGGGUAUCCCUUGGUGAAGCAUGGACUUUGGCAAAACUUCAUUCUCGACAGCUGUGUUUUACAAUAAAUGGUUAUUGUGAAACUUUGCCACACCCAUGCGCAGGAGAGCAAGACUGAGGGCUGAAAUAGCCUGUCAGUGCUUUACCCUGCCCUGGGGAGGAGGAGUCUCCCUAAGGCACUUGCCCUUGGGAGGGUGUGACGCAUGCUGAGCUGACCAGGAAGGAGGAAAGCUUCUAAAGGUUCUGUGCACAAACCUUACCCGGAAGAGGAACAGCUGCAGGGGCAACUUGGCUUCUGUUUGAACUUCAGAUAAUCCAAGGGGGGGACGUAUUAAAAUGAAGAGCCCUAGGACUUUUGAGGAGCAAACAGAGUGCAUUGUGGAGGCACUUCUCUCUGAUCUCCUAGGGGAAGACGAAUGGUUUGCUUCCCGCAGUCUGGAGACAGACUCUUUUGCUGAGUCACAUGCAGGUUGUACCCCUUUUUCCUGCUCUCUCUCUGCCGUCUUAGAACAUGAAGCUUCUGCUCCUGCAGAGAGCUCAAGUACCUUUGAUUCGGUUAUUAUUGCCAGUCGUCUGCGGAGACUAGGAGACCAAUAUAACGAGGAUCUGGAGCAGCCUGCCCGGCGCGUCAUUGCUGAGAUGGCUAAGGGAAAGGUGGAGGAAUUUGGAGUCAUGGUGGAUUCUCUCAGCAAGAGUUGGAGCAGCCUGAAUCCUGGGCUGGGUUACGAGAGAGCUUUUCUGGCAGUGUCUGUGAAAUUGUUAGCAUACCUUUCCCGGAAAGUUCCAGCUGUGGCCCGUCAAAUCCAGCUUGUGGAGCUGAUUAAUGGGAACCGUGAAGUGAGAGGAUACAUCGAGACCCGUGGUGGCUGGGAGAACUUUGAAAACUGAUGGAAAAGGCUACGCUGCCUCCCAGGGAGUGAAAUGGCAGAUUUCAAUGACUUGACUUAAACUAUUAAACUGUUUUUCUGAAAAUUGUUUUCCCAGCCAUCAGUCUUUCUACUUCCCUCUGCCCCGAAGAUCGAUCCAGUCAGUAAUUGGGACACCUCAACACGGAGCUAUUCUUCCACACCAGAUGUGGCUCUCUUGUUCUUGCACUUAUUCGUUUACAAAUAAUUUGUAGGAUUGAUUUGGUUUCCCUGCAACAUAGGCUGUAAAUGCAACUUUUAAGUGUGAGGACUGACAGCGACACUUUUGUUCUGCCAGCUUUGGUGCUGAACUGCUACCCUGUAACGGCGAAGGGAGAGUGAGCCAGAGAUGGCUGCCUAGUAUCAUGUUGGGAAACAGAACAGCCAAGGAAUUGAGUCCGAGCAAGCCAAAAAGGAGGACAUUGUGAACAAGAAGAAUGCUAUUUAUAGCAGAGCCCACAGAUGUGAGAACUGGUAGCACUGAACCCUCUUGGCCAUCCUACUUCUGUAGCGCUCUAAGAGUUAACAAACUUCUACAAUUAGGGGAAUUGUCUUCUCUAGCUGGCCAUGCUCACUGAAAGCCCAGUGAAACCUCCUCCUGCUACCUCUAGGAGUUGGUAUUAACAGAAAGAGGCACUCACAUACAGUCCCCCAGGAGCUACUGGUAUAUAUGCUCUGCAGUAAAAUCAGUUACACCAAAUCUGUGUCUUAGCCUGUGCCACAUUACACUUGGGUUUGCUGGAGUGAUUCCAUAAGGAUUCAAGGUUUUACAUGAUCCUGCAGUUUGCAGAGGGCUCUUUGGGAUGCUGCUGUUGAAUCAGUUCAUUAUAUGAGUAGGUCAGUGAAACAAGGCCUACAUACCAUAGAGGACUCUGUGGGAGAGCCAGCUCAACCUGGAAUGUCCCACCCCAAACCAUCACUGGGGCGGUCAUAGAGAGAUGGUUCCACCCCACCAGCGGUCCCCUCAGAAGCCAGCUGCUGCUACUCAAGGGAUCUGUGGGGAGUUAUUUGGAAUUCCUCUGUAAACCUACUUCCCUCUCCUCCAGACUCCGCUCUGACACCUGUAUGAAAUCAGUGGGUCAGUGAUGUCUGGGCUGAGAGGCUGAUGAGCACGGUGGCCCAACUUAAUGUAUUUUUAAUAAAAUGAGCAAACGAAUCUGUAUCUAUGCAAACUAUAUGAAUUUGAUUGCAUCCUUUUCCUCCCAUCUGGUCUCAUAUUGUAAGCUGUUCAGGGCAGUGACCACAUCUCCUAUUGUGUGCUUGCACAGUACCCAACACAAGAGGCUCCAAUCCUCUUUUGGGGUCUCUAGGCAAUAGGGUAAUUAUUAAAUACUUAAUUCCAACCUGGAUCUGGGUCUUGUGGGCCCCUCGGAGUGGAAAUCCGGCAGGGUGUGAGCUGGCUUGAGGGAAAGUAGCUGUAUUGCUAGUUGAUUUAAUUAGGGGAUUUGUCCUUACAGCCUCUCAAAUGGAAGAUGUUUGCAACCUGAUUUUUAAAUGGAAAAGUGUGUGUCUCUGUUACUAACACACCCUGGAUCACUGGAAGGGAAGAAUAUAAAAAUCCAGUUUGUCAUUCUUAUGCACUUCAUUUGCUAUCUGCAUUUCUUUCUACUUGGACAAUGGCAUCAGUUUCACUGGCGUACAGGGGCUUAGUGUGGCCAUGUUUGGGUUUCAAACGCUACAGGUCAGUGUUUGUUUUAAAACUGGUGGUUUUUCCCUUAGAAUUUUCACACAUUUCUGUUGCUCUACAGUUACAUGAAGGAUUGCUUUUACAAAAUUUAAAUUUGACAGAAAUGUCUCUUUUGGGGAUAGAGAGGUCUAUAGAGAGGCCACUCAGAAAACCAGGCAAGAGUUCUGCAGAAGUACUCUGAACUGGAUUUGUGACAAAAAUCCAAUAAUUCUGCCAUUUUGUUUAUUUUUUGCAAGUCUGUAACUAACUCUGAAAUCCCCAAAGGCGUUGCUUUGCUGGCUAUCUAUCCAGGGACACUCAGUCUGAGAUUUUCACUACUGGUGCAGAAUCUUUUGAGUGUCUAGGAAGUUUAGGGGGUUUUGCUCCUCUCAUAUCUGGUUCCCAGUUUGAAGUCUUCUCCUUUCUGCCACUGUAGACUCACUCUGGAUGUUUGGGUCUUGUCAGCUGGAGAAGUUUCACUAGGAAGUUGUGUAAGGUGGAGUAGUUUGGCAUAGUAGGAUUUUUUUUUUAAAGGCUAAUGGAGUUGGAGCCCCUUGACCCUGUCUCCUAGCAGUGAUGUCUGGUGGAGCAGGACUAGGUACUCUGGCCUGGAUCUGGGGAAGCCUGGCUGGGAAGGGUGGACCCCAAAUAUACACACAGGCAUUAUCUCCGUCUAGGAACCUUAUGUAGGUUUCAGAUUAAUGUGAUGAACGCACAAGCUACCUGAACCUGUUUUGUGUGCACAGCAUCUGUCAAAUGCAUUUUUAGAACAUAGAGUGCAGCCCACAUGCAAAAGAGAGAGUUAUAAAUGUGACUGGAAACUGGAUUUUGCAUAUUGUCUUUGUUGCUAGAACAGUCUGUGUAUUCGGAGUUUAUCAAGACAUUGCUUCCUGUAUGCUGAAUGGUGUACAGAGAAGUGUGGUCUUUUGGGUGACCUAGUGUGCUGGAGGUGUCAAGAUGUUCUACUGAUAACAGGUCCAGAUGACCGCACUCUCCUGUGCUAGGGGGUAGGCAAUAUCGCAAUGCAGGUGAUGGCCUGGAAAUUAGACUUCACCAAAGCCCAUGCGAGUCUCUCUGACCUUCUCUUGGUGGGAUAAUGGAGGGGGACACUUCAAAGAUUCUGGAAAUGAAGUCUUAAAAAUAAAAUAUUUCAGUUUGUUUUAAUCUUAAAA